AUGGAGAACAAAAAGGGUGCAGCAGGAAUGCAGGUUAUAUAUCUUGUUGGUUUAGUUUUCAUGUUUUGUUUAUCACUUACAGUUGCAGACUAUGAUGAAAUGGCGCUGGAAUCAGUAGCUGCUGAGAAAAAUGAUGGCAACAAUGACAUGCAAACUUAUAUUGUUUGGGUGCAAAAGCCAACCUCUCAGAAAUUUUCUGCAGAAUCUCAUGAAGAUUUGGAGAGUUGGUAUCAGUCAUUUUUGCCUGAAACUGAUGCAAACUCAAACCAGCUGACGAAACAACGGAUGAUUUAUGCAUACCACAAUGUGGCAACAGGGUUUGCAGCAAGACUGACACCAGAGGAAGUAAAAACGAUGGAAACGAUAGAAGGGUUUGUGUCAGCUCGUCCAGAGAAGAUUCUGCCGUUGCAGACUACUCAUAGUCCCGACUUCUUGGGUUUGCACCAAGGAUUCGGACUUUGGGAAGCAACAAACUAUGGUGAAGGUGUGAUAAUUGGACUUUUGGAUACUGGGAUUACACCUGAUCAUCCCUCAUUUAGUGAUGAAGGAAUGCCACCUCCUCCUGCUAAAUGGAAAGGUAAGUGUGAGUUCAAUGGGACCUUGUGCAAUAACAAGCUUAUCGGUGCAAGAAAUUUCAUGGGAGUAGGCAAAGGUCAACCCUCACCAGGUCCUCCAUUUGACCUAGAUGGCCAUGGCACCCACACAUCUAGCACUGCUGCUGGAAGGUUUGUGGAAGGCGCAAGCGUGUUUGGACAGGCCAAUGGCACAGCGGCUGGCAUGGCACCGAAAGCUCACUUGGCAGUUUACAAAGUCUGCACUGGCUUUGGUUGUGCUGAAGCUGACAUUAUGGCUGCUCUUGAUGUUGCUGUUGAUGAUGGCGUGGAUGUGCUCUCACUCUCACUUGGAGGCCCCUCAAUUCCUUUCUAUAAGGAUGUGAUUGCAAUUGGUGCAUUUGCAGCAAUUCAAAAGGGAAUUUUUUUCAGCUGUGCAGGUGGAAAUUCUGGUCCUUUCAACCGUUCUUUAUCAAACGAGGCCCCAUGGAUUCUGACAGUUGGAGCAAGCACUACUGAUAGAAUAUUAAAAUCAGAAGCGCAGAUCGGGGAUGAUAAAAAUAACCAUUUUGAUGGAAAAUCUUUUUCCCAGCCUCAAGAUUUCGAUUCAAAAGUUACUUUACCUCUUGUUUAUGCAGGCUCAGUUGGCAACCAGCCAUCAGCUUUCUGCAAGGAAUGGACUCUCGAAAACGUUGAAGGGAAAAUAGUACUGUGUGAGACAGGUGGAGGAGUAACAAAUAUUGCCAAAGGGGAAGAAGUGAAACGAGCUGGUGGUGCUGCCAUGAUUCUCAUGAACCAAGAAACUGACGGCUUUAGCACCUUAGCUGAAUCUCAUGCGCUACCCACGACACAUGUGAGUUAUGCUGCAGGGUUGCAAAUUAAGUCUUAUAUAAGCUCAACCUCAAGUCCUACAGCCACAAUCUUGUUCAACGGCACUGUCAUUGGAGACGCACUUGCUCCCAGAGUUGCUUUCUUUUCAUCAAGAGGACCAAACAAAGCAAGCCCCGGAAUUUUGAAACCUGACAUCAUUGGACCCGGUGUUGACAUCCUAGCAGCAUGGCCUGUUUCUGUGGACAAUGCCACGCAAUCUAAGGCAACAUUUAACAUAAUUUCCGGUACUUCAAUGGCUUGUCCUCACCUAAGUGGAAUUGCAGCCUUGGUCAAGAGCUCACACCCUGAUUGGUCACCAGCUGCAAUUAAAUCUGCCAUCAUGACAACUGCUGAUGUGCUAAACCUUGCAGGCUUGCCCAUUGUUGAUCAAGACCAAAAUCCUGCGAACGUCUUUGCAAUGGGUGCAGGCCAUGUUAACCCUUCAAAAGCAAAUGACCCGGGGCUCAUCUACGACACACAAGCAGAGGAUUACAUUCCUUACUUGUGUGGUUUGAAUUACACUGAUAAAGAGAUACAGAUCAUCACCCAACAAAAAGUGAACUGCUCUCAAGUCGGGGUCAUAUCAGAAGCACAGCUCAAUUAUCCUUCAUUUUCUAUUAAGAUAGGGUCCAAUGAGUCUCAGUCUCAGUAUUAUACAAGGACAGUGAGGAAUGUUGGCCCGGCUAGUUCAACUUACAACUUGGAUCUUCUUGUACCACAUAAAAUGGGCAUGAGUGUGAAUCCUGGGGUGCUUACAUUCACUGAGGUCAACCAGGAGAUUACAUUCCAUGUGGAGUUUAUAGCACAAGAUGGCGCUGGGAAGGAUGGCGUAGCAUUUGGUCAGGGAUAUUUGAAAUGGGUUUCUGAUAAGCAUAAUGUUACUAGCCCAAUAGCUGUGGUCUUUGACUAA